AUGAGACCUCUGAUUCCCGGUAUUCAUGCCUUGCGCCGGGGACUCGCAACCCAAGAUGCACCCUCAUCAAUAGAGGCAGGAAUCGCCAGAAUCCUGCAUACCAGCAAGGAAAUUCCAGACCACCUCUCACCAACACCCUCACAUCUCCUCAACCUCCUCUUUUCAGACAUCCUCACCUCGUCGACCGAAUAUCCGCCAAAGUACCCAUCGUCAUCCUCCGAGCCUGCCGCCCCAUUGCCGCAAGGCCAUCACCUGGCCUAUUUCCCCCUCCAAUCGCUGCCCUCAUGGCUGAUGCCAGACGGCACUGAUCCGGACCACUGCCCCGGCGCGCCCUUUACGCGGCGACUCUGGGCGGGCGGCGAGGUCCGGUUCCGCGAGGGCUGGGAGGAUGAGCUGCGCCUUGAUGGGCGGAGGGUCGGCUGCGUCGAGAGCGUGGAGGACGUGAGGGCCGAGAAGGGUCGGGUGUGGGUCGAGCUUUGGCGGCGGUAUGGGGUAUCUGCUGGUGGUUGUGGUGAGAGCGGUCCGGCGGUUGAGGAAAGGAGGACGCUGGCUUUUCUCCCCGACUUUGAUGUUCCUGCUCCAACGCGGCGGUGUUUGAAAGCACCGUAUAAGCCGACAGCCUCUCUCACUCUUACGCCGACGCAGAAUCUUCUCACCAAUUUCAGCGCGCUGACGUACAACGCGCACGCGAUCCAUCUGGACCCGGCGUGGGCUGCGCAAGAGGGUCAUCCGGCUACGUUGGUCCACGGGCCUCUAUCUCUGGCUUUGAUGCUCGCGUUCCUGAACAGGCAGGGUAAGGGGCAGAACGUGCGUUGGUACGGGUACCGGAAUCUGGCGCCGCUGUACUGUGGUCGGGAGAUGACGCUUUGCCUGCGAGAGAAGGGGGAGAGCGAGGGGGGAGGAAGUGGGAUGUUUGGAUUGAGGGUGCCGAUGGAGGUAUGGCGGUUAAGGGGACCGCUACGACUGUCGAUGGUGUUUGAAAGAGCAGCGAUGGGCCGUUGGCACGGAAUAUGUAUGGCCAUGGCAAGAGGAAAUCCGGAUAAAAAUCUGCCUUGA